AUGUCACAACCACGGCCUUUAGCUCAGAGUAACUCGGCGCAGACUAGUGUGUACUUUUAUGCCCUUCCUUACAUUCCGAAACAAACUAUUGAACUUAGUAAAAUUUUCAAGGAAUUUAAAAACAUCAAAAUAGCUAACAAAAACAUCAAAACUAUACGUCAGUUAUACAGUAAAAUCAAACAACCUUUAACUACAUUAGAAUGCACAGAUGUGGUUUACCGCAUUGAAUGUACUGAAUGUCCAGCAUCAUAUAUAGGUGAAACCGGAAGAAACUUGUCUAGUCGAAUAAUCUCACAUAAAAGCGACUGUAGAUUAAAUAAACCUACGUGUGCUUUGGCAGAGCAUACAAUCAAUCUAGACCAUAAGAUCGAUUUCAACAAUGCUAAAAUAUUAGCCAGAGAAAGUAAUAAAUUCAAAAGAACGUUCCUGGAGAUGGUACAUAUCAGCAAGAGUGAUGACAACAAUCUUAAUAAGAGAUCUGAGAUCCAGAAUCUUAGUAAAAUUUAUAACUAUAUAUUGACUUUCGACUAG